CAAACUGUCUUAGUCUCCCGGCACAGGCACUCCCUCCCUUCUCACCUUGCAACACACAGUCUCUCAAUAAUGGCAACAUCAACUGCAGCGGCAGCAGGAACAUCAACAGCAACAAGAAGGAGGAGGAGUUGGGUAAGCAAUCUAACAUCAUACGCAGCUCGCAUCUAUUUCUUCAUCAUCUUUCUCCAGGUCCCCCUUUUCAGGAUACCAUGUAGAUCAGGCAUGUGCUCAACGCCAAUCCAUGUGACAUCCUCCCAGUUGAUUGCUAGUGAGAUCUUUCCUGUUCCUGUAGUGAAAGCUCUUCUCUACCCUGGAGCCGUUGUGAAUGGUCUUGUAAGGAACAUGACUGUUCCGAGCUGGGAUAAGCUGUUGAAUAUCUAUAACUUGACCAGUGCGAAGGAAGCACCUGCAGUAACUGAUCUUCAGCGCUUAGAGGUUCUUGCUGGAAGCUACUUUUCUGUGGCUGGAGCUCUUGUUGGCAUUCUAAAACCUGGGAGGAUGAGCAUGUUUGGAACACUUCUUAUUAUCUGGGGGCUUGUCAAGGAAGGGAUCCUGGGAAAGCCAGCGAAUACAGAUCCUGCUAAGGCUGUAUAUGUAUACCCAACAAUGUUGAUUGCCUUGGUCUGUGCCUUCUCGGCUGUGAAGUAUGAUAUGAAGAAGGUUGUGAGAAGUGCCCCGCCUCGGCCCAUUGCAAAGCCUCUGCAGAGAUCUUCAAAAUCUAAGCUGAAAUGAGAUUCACGCUUCAAUUUUAAAUGAUGUUCCUUUUACUGCUAAACUUCCCAGGGUUGAUUGGGUGAAAUUUUAUCUAUUUCUGCCAAAAGCAUUUUUGAGAUCUUACAAUAGAUCUGAUAUUAAAUCUCAGUGGGAAAUAUGUUGAUCACAAAACUGAGGAAUCUAUAGCCAGAGUCCAGAUCAAGAACCUUAUUUGAACUUCUUUUGAAUGUCAAGGAGAAAUGGUUUAAGGAAAUGCAAGUUUUAUCACUUGUAUUACUGUAUGAUUCCACAUUGCUUUUAAGAUUUCAGACUUUCCUGUUCUUCUCCA